AGCAACACCGCCAUGGAAGAUGAAUUCGAAUCGUACGAUCCCACGUUGCAGAACAUAAUCGAUCAAACAUCACUCAAAUGGGUGUUUGUGGGUGGUAAAGGAGGUGUCGGCAAAACGACAUGCAGCUGCAGUCUGGCGGUCCAGCUGUCGUUGAAACGCGAAUCCGUACUCAUUAUCUCGACCGAUCCGGCGCACAACAUUUCCGAUGCGUUCGAUCAGAAGUUUACCAAGGUACCGACGAAGGUGAACGGAUUUGACAAUCUAUUCGCGAUGGAGAUCGAUCCGAACGUGGGCAUCAGCGAGCUUCCGGAUGAGUAUUUCGAGGAUGACGCAUCACCGUUAAACGUUGGCAAAGGAAUGCUACAGGAGGUGAUCGGUACGCUCCCCGGUAUCGAUGAGGCGAUGAGCUACGCGGAAGUUAUGAAGUUGGUAAAAGCGAUGAAUUUUUCGGUUGUUGUAUUUGACACUGCACCAACCGGCCACACACUUCGAUUGCUUUCAUUCCCGCAAGUCGUCGAGAAGGGAUUGGGCAAGUUGCUGCGACUAAAGAUGAAGCUUGCACCGAUCAUUUCGCAAAUGGGUUCUCUUUUCGGUGUGCAGGAUUUCAACGGCGAUACUAUUGCGAACAAGCUGGAAGAGAUGCUCAGUAUCAUCCAGCAGGUGAACGAGCAAUUUCACAAUCCGCAACAAACGACUUUCGUGUGUGUGUGCAUAGCCGAGUUUUUAUCCCUCUACGAAACGGAACGACUCGUGCAGGAGCUAACCAAGUGUGGUAUCGACACGCACAAUAUAAUCGUCAAUCAGUUGAUGUUCCAAAAGCAGGGUCAGCAACCGUGCAGCAUGUGUUCGGCACGGUGCAAAGUACAGGAAAAAUAUCUCGAUCAAAUUGCGGACCUGUACGAGGAUUUCCACGUGGUUCGGUUACCAUUACUGGACGAGGAGGUGCGUGGUGUGGAGAAAGUUAAAAAGUUUUCGCGUAACCUGCUGGUCCCUUACUCUCCCAAUGCUGCUCCACCACAGGAGUAA